UUUCAUUUUGAACAUGUCCGCCAUGUUUGUUGUUGUUUGUGCAAUUUACUGUGUAGUAUAUUGAGAUUUUCCUAGGUUCUGUUGAUGUUCAGGCCACUAGCGGCGAGGUCCGCCAUGAUGAUUUUGGAAGAGAGAAAAUGAGCAAGCCAGCUGAUAACCUCGAUAACUCCAACUUAAAGUUUGACACUCCAUUGUUUGCCGAAUUUAAUACUUCAAAGACAACAUCAGCCCUUCCCUCAACUAACUAUGAGACUGAGGGAAGCUAUUCGCACAGAUUGCCGCCGCGACCAUUGAAGAAAGAAAACAACAGUCACGUUUCAGAUGAUUCUGAAUCAAACUCCAAUAAUUCAAGUGGAUCAGGGUCUGACUCGGAAUCAGAAUCUGGUUCGGGAAAUUCCAAUGGUUCGGGCAGCGAUGAUAAAUCUGAAAGUGGAGACUCGGAAAGUUCAAAUGAGGCUCCAACCACAAAGGAAGAGAAACAUUUGCAGCUGUCCACAUCAGGCCUUGAGUCAGACUCUCAGGACGGACCUCGCGGGACCAGAAAAAGCAGAGGUCGUCCCAAGAAAGAGGACAUUGAACAACUGAAAGAGGAAAACGAUAUUUUUGGAGAAAGCGAUCGCCGGGACUCAAAGUUCUGGCAGGAAGACCCUGAUUUGUACGGCGUGAGAAGAUCAGGCCGGGCCAAGAAAGAACCAACCAGAUACAAUGUAGGGCUUGACAGUGACAGUGAUGAAGACCAGCCAAAAAGACGCAGGAGGACCACCAGUCAAAGGAAAAAUUCUGAUGAUUGGAACAGCAACAGCAGUAAUAGCAGUGACAACAGUUCACCAGAACGGUAUAAGCCACAGCGGGCAACCUCCAACAGGUCAUCCAGAAGAGGUCGAAGGCCAGGUCGCCCAGCGAAAAUACAAAAAACUGUGGGCCGACCCAAAAAGCACCUGUCUUCCGAUGACGAUGAUGACGAUGUGGGUGAUAACUCUGAAAGCGAUGACGAGGCCAGUCGAAGCUACAAAACCUACACCAAGAGAUCUGUGGCACAGAAAGUCAGGGUUAAAGGUCGUGGAAGUGCUAGUACCUCAAGGGUUACUGCCACCCGACGUGGGGUCACUACAAAAACUGUUAGCUAUAAGGAGCAGACAGACGGGGAGACGGACAGCGAUGACAUCAUAGAGGCCCCCGAGGGUGAUGGAGUGGAGGUGGAGGAGGAAAACACAGAGGGCAUUGAGAGGAUUCUGGACCAUCGGGAUGGUAAAAAAGGAGCUACGGGUGAAAAGACAACGAUCUACAAUGUGGAAGCCAAUGGAGACCCAAACAAGACAUUGCCUGCAGAUACAGAAUGUGAGGUUCAGUUCUUUAUCAAGUGGAAAGGAUGGGCUCACAUCCACAACACAUGGGAAAGUGAGGAAAAUCUCAGAGCUCAGAAGUUCAGUGGGCUCAAAAAGCUGGAUAACUAUAUCAAGAAAAUGGAUGAAAUCAAUGAAUGGAAGCGAUUUGCUUCUCCAGAUGAUAUUGAAUACUACGAUGUUCAACAGGAAUACAAUGAAGAUCUCUACAAAAACUGCCUGCUUGUCGAAAGGAUCAUAGCUGAGUCUUUCCAGAAGACCUCCAAUCAGGAGAACGGCUACCCAGACUACCUUUGUAAGUGGAUGGGCCUCCCGUACUCUGAAGUGUCUUGGGAGGACGGCGAACUGCUUGCACAUAAAUUCCUUGACAAAAUUGAACACUUUAAUCAGAGAAACAAGUGUCAGAAGAUCCCCACAAAGUUGUCUCGAGUUCUGAAAAGCCGUCCCAAGUACUUGCCCCUGAAGAAUCAGCCCUCGUUCAUUGGUGGGGAGGAUGAGUUACAGCUUCGGGACUACCAGCUCGACGGUGUUAACUGGCUCAUGCACUCAUGGUCCAAAGAGAACAGUAUAAUUCUUGCUGACGAAAUGGGUCUGGGUAAGACAAUACAGACAAUAGGUUUCUUAGCGAUACUCUACAACACCUAUCAGUUGUAUGGACCCUUCCUGGUGGUGGUUCCACUCUCAACAGUGGUCGCCUGGCAACGAGAGUUUGAAAACUGGUGCCCGGAAAUGAAUGUUGUUAUAUACCUUGGCGACGUCAACAGUCGAAACAUUAUUCGGGAUUAUGAGUGGUGUCACCCUGGCAACAAGAGGUUGAAGUUCAAUGUGGUGGUCACCACGUAUGAGAUACUGCUGAAAGACAAGGCUUUCUUGGGUGCUGUGAGUUGGGCAGAGCUGGUUGUGGACGAGGCUCAUCGACUGAAGAACACAGACUCCCUGUUGUACCGGACCCUGAUGGAGUUCAAGUCCAACCACAGACUGCUGAUCACGGGCACACCCCUGCAGAACUCCCUGAAAGAGUUGUGGGCCCUCCUUCACUUUAUCAUGCCUAUGAAGUUUGCAAAGUGGUCGGAAUUUGAAGAGAAGCAUUCUCGUGCGGACAAGACUGGGUUCACGCAGCUCCACAAGCAGCUUGAGGCCUUCCUGAUACGUCGUGUGAAGAAGGACGUGGAGAAAUCACUGCCUGCUAAAACUGAACAGAUCCUACGUGUCGAGAUGUCUUCUGUUCAGAAACAGUAUUACAAAUGGAUCUUGACAAAGAACUACAAGGAGCUGAACAAGGGCCUAAAGACAUCGGUGUCCUCGUUCGUGAACAUCAUCAUGGAGCUCAAGAAGUGCUGCAACCACCAGCUGCUGGUGCGGCCAUCGGAGAUGGAGGAAAACCAUACGGACCACCUUCAGAACUUGAUACGGGGCAGUGGCAAGCUGAUAUUGCUGGACAAGCUGUUACUACGGUUACGAGAGAAAGGUCAUAGGGUGCUUAUAUUCUCACAGAUGGUUCGAUUGCUGGACAUACUCAGUGAAUAUCUUCAGCUGCGUCAUUUUCAAUAUCAGAGACUGGAUGGUUCCAUUAGAGGGGACUUACGAAAAACUGCAUUGGAUCAUUUCAAUGCUGAAGGAUCUCAGGACUUUUGUUUCUUGCUGUCAACCCGUGCAGGGGGGUUGGGUGUGAACCUGGCCACUGCAGAUACUGUGAUAAUCUUCGACAGCGACUGGAACCCACAGAACGACCUGCAGGCUCAGGCUCGCGCGCAUAGGAUAGGACAAAAGAAUCAGGUGUCAGUGUACAGAUUGGUUACCAAGAACAGUGUAGAGGAGGAGAUAGUUGAGAGAGCCAAGCGCAAGAUGGUGCUGGAUCACCUGGUUAUACAGCGUAUGGACACCACAGGCCGCACUGUGCUCAACAAGGGGGGCGACUUGGGCAGCUCAAAGACACCAUUUAGUAAGCAUGAGUUGUCAUCCAUCUUGAAAUUUGGAGCGGAGGAACUGUUCAAGGAUGAUGCUGAUGAUGAAGAACCACAGGUUGACAUAGACGAGAUCCUGAAGCAGGCUGAGACUAGAGAGACGAUCGAGAACAACGGGGUUGGCGAUGAACUCCUGGCACAGUUCAAGAUUGUCACCUUUGACAACCUCGAGGACGAGGAAAUAGAGAACAAUGUGGGAAAGGACUGGUCAAACAUCAUCCCCAAGGAGGACAUAGACAGAGUGGAGGAGGAGGAGAGACAGAGGGUGUUACUGGAGCUAAACCUGCCCCCGAGGCAGCGUUCCACUCUAAAACAGUUGGAGAAAAAGCUGGACUCAGAUGAUGAAGAUGGCAACAAUGAUGAGGACUCUGAUAGCGAUGACUCCGGCAGUGACGAUGAUAAGCCCAAGAAACGAGGCCGUCCCAGAGCUGGCGGCAAAAAUGACCAGAUUAGAGGAUUCACCAACGCUGAAAUAAGACGGUUUAUCAAGAGCUACAAAAAAUUUCCAGAUCCUUUGUCUAGGUUGGACGACAUUGCGUGCGAUGCUGAACUGCAGGAGAAGUCUGAAUCUGAUCUCAAGAAGCUUGCCGAGCUGCUCAAGUCUCAAUGUGACCAGGCAAUGAAGGAAUACACCACCAAAAAACAACAGGAAGAACAGAACGGGGAGGGGACUGCCAACAAGAAAGGUCCACGAAGCAUCUCAUGCAAGAUUGCCAGUGUUGUUAUUAAUGUGCUGUCCAUAGUGAAGUCAGAGACGGACCUAGAACCACUUGCAAGAUACAUACCAAAGAACAAGGCUGACAAAAAAAAGUUCCGCAUAGACUUCCACUGCAAGGCCAUACACUGGGACUGCCCCUGGGACAUAGACGAUGACUCAAACCUGCUGAAGGGAAUAUCUGACUACGGGUAUGGCAACUGGGAACAGAUCAAGAUGGAUACAGAGCUCGGCCUCUAUGACAAGAUACUUCCUGAUGGUGACAAGCGACCCCAGGGCAAGCAGCUCCAGACCAGAGUGGACUACCUUCUGAGGCUGCUGAAGAAACAACUGGACGGAGUUGUAGGUGCAACCAAGACCACAGGGCGUGGUCGUAAAAGUAAAAAGCCACUCAAGUCAAAAGCUGAAGUGCCGGAUUAUAUGGAUGACUCAGACUCUAGUGCUAAAAGUGCCAAUGACACAAACGUGACAAUUGAGUCCAUCAGUAAAAAGUACUCUAAGAAACCAGAUAAUAAGACUGAUGCCAAGGAUGGCAAGAAGUCUGGGGAGGGUGACCACGAUCAUCAUCAUCAUCACCACCACCAUGGGAAGAAGAAGAAGGAGAAGAGGAAGAAAGGCAAGGAUAAGAAGGGGGGACCAAUGCAUUUCACGGCGAUCAAUGAGCCCGUGGCGAUCUCACAGGACGGCGAGUUUGAGGGAGAACUGCCUGAGGAUGUGUUCAAAGAGUGCAAGGAGAAGAUGCGUCCAGUGAAGCGGUCACUGAAGCGCCUGGACAACCCAGAGGAGGGUUUGUCUGAUCGAGACCAGGUGAUGCACACGCAGCAGUGCCUGCUCAAGAUCGGGGACCGCAUCAAUGAGUGCCUUGCUGACAUGAAUAACCCGGAGAAGAUCAAACAGUGGCGAUGUUACUUGUGGAACUUUGUAUCAAAGUUCACUGAAUUUGAUGCCAGAAAGUUACAUAAGCUCUACAAGCAUGCACUGAAGAAACGAGAUAUGGAGAGAGAUAAAGAUGAGUCCUCAUCACGAGUCCAUGACAAGCACAGUAAGCGCCCUCAUGAGGACGGCAAAUCCAACAACUACAACGCCAAGAGACCCCACAUUGAAGACAGUUCGAGUAACAGCACCUGGUCUCGUGUGACUCCCACGGCAGCCUCUCACCCUCACGGGGGGCUGACAUCCUUCCACAAUGCCCUGCCCCCCAACACAUCCCAGGUCCCUGCCUCCAGCCCCUCAGACAGGUGGCAACAUUCCAGUCCGCUUGAUAGGCCCCAGACCGGCGACAAUCAGCCAUUCAAUAGGAAAAGAUAUGACGCUGGCAACAACUCCUACUCAAGAGGUGGGGGCAGCGGCCAGCAUAGCCACUACGACCAUCAGCGAUAUCCAGAUCACAAGCCACACUUUGCCGGGGACAACCGAGGGUUUAAUGAGAGGCGGGAAGGUGGUUACCCCCAGAGGGACUAUUCCCAUAACAGCUUCCGAGAUCCUCGCACUAGCAACAGUCGCGAUUAUCGGAAAUUUACAAAUUCUGACGGGGUGUAUCGUGAGUACCCGCCCGGCCGUGACCCUCACAAUAGUGCCAGCUAUGCCCAGGACCGAAAGCGUCGCAGUGACUACUAUGAGCGGGACCCUCGAGAUCCGCGCUACCGGAAAGAGCAACGCCUUGAGGAUCACCACCCAGAGAGACAUUGACACUCCCGAGUUAGUUGUUAUGGAAACUGUGUUGUGAAAUCGUUAACCUGCGAUAACAAGUUAGGGGAUGUAAUUAUUGAUUGAAAAGGGCAUUGUUUACGCGUGAUAAUUGGAAAGAUGGAUAUGGCUAUGUUUGUUGGCCCACGUUAAAUAUGUGAUGUUAGGUAAGUGAUAUGAGAUAAAUUUGGUUUUAAAAUGUGAAGAGAAGGUUUGGGAAAGAAUUGUUUGAUUUUCAUGACAAAGGUUCAUAUAUGACAUGAAGAAAGUUGGAUGGAGGAUACAGGAAUGGCAGAGUUGAGGCUCCAAGGCUGAACGGUCAAUGUCUUCGAGAAACUGGACUGUAAAUGAUUCCCUGGCCAACAGCUUGCAACUUAACAUGACCAUGAACACGUGAAAAACAAGCAUGUGAACUAGUUGAAGAAUGACAAGGUCCUAACAGUGAACUGCCCAACUGUCACAGAGAUGUUAUUUGUCUGAUUGAUAAGUUUUCCUUCUAUGUGUACAACAUGCUGUGUAAGACUGCCCUAUGCCACUGUAGGUCAGCAUUGAUGUGCUUCAUCACGUCUCAUAAAGCUGAAUAGGCUGGAACCGGAGCAUAAGGCAGCUUUCAAUUACCCUGGAGUUGUUCAUCCAUGGCUUUGAGUUUGGAUGCUUAUGAACUAUUAAAAAAUUACAUGUACAUAGAACACAAUUAGAGAUAAUAAGUUUGAGCAGGAGCUUAGUGUAUGUAGUUCUAAACUACUUACAAAUUAAAUACACCAAAGGUUAAGUUAAAUAAAAAAAUUACAUUAUAGAAUACCUUCCUGCAAAAGUUCUCUAUAUAAGUAAAAUAGCAAUGAAACUUCCUGUAUUAUGUAGACAUCUGCAAGCAGAAUGGCACAUUGAAUGUUUUGUGCUUUGUGAUAUUUGGUAUAUUGCAUUCAUUGGUCAUGUAUCGGGUUCAUUCUGAACAUUUAUCAAACAUCUCAUUUUGCAAAAUAAUCACAAGAAAAGCAUACAAUUUAUGGACAUGUAAAAUAUGAAAUGAUAUGAUGUUUUUUUACAGUUAUAAUAAAAUUACUUUUAAAUAGCACUGCAUACUUGAAAACCAAACUUGAAAUUUGCGUCCAGAAAAAGUUGAUAUUUUUGUAUGCUGAAAUACACUCAAUUUCUAGCUGUAUUAAACCAUGAAAUGUUAAUCAUAUGCAAAACAUUGUCAUGUGAACAAAAAAAACAUAGCUUCAACAUGAGGAAUCUUUCAUGUAAAAUUAAUAACAUGUGCAUUUAUUUCGAAACAUUUUCUACACUCAGACUUCACAUGUUUCCACCCCAUCUAGAUUGUAAAAAAUUCAUGUGACAUACAUGUACAUAUUGUUCACAACAUCUGUAUCAUUUCUGUGCAUGUACAGGUCUGUAAAAAGUGUAAAUACUACAUGAAUCUGCAUAUCUGUUUUUCCUUUUGUUGCUCAUUUUAUGUAAAUCUGUCAUUUAUGUAACCACCCAGAUGUACAUUCAUGUGAUUCCUAACAUAUUAUUCUGCUUUUAACCCUUUGCAUGCUGGGAAAUUUGUCGUCUGCUAAAAUGUCGUCUGCUGAAUUUCUAAAAUAAGCAUUUUCUUCAUUUUUUUUCAAAGAAUACUAUCAGAAUAGCAAACAGUUAGGAUCCAGAUGAGACGCCACGUUCUGUGGCGUCUCAUCUGGAUCCAAACUGUUUGCAAAGGCCUUCAAAAUUCGGUUCCCGCACUGAAAGGGUUAAGUUGAUCAUAUGAAUUGAUGUCAGAAAUAUUUUAAUCAUACCGGUAUAAAUGUUGUGUUUGUGUUUCACUUAUUUAUAGGAUGUGUGGUUGUUACAAUACAUGACUAAAGAAUAUGUUUAGUGUACAGUAUAUAAGCCAUGAGAUGCAAAAAUGGUUCUUGUGCCAUAUGCGGCAAGCCUAGCUCCAAACCAGAUUGCAAAAUAGUCACUGGAUACGCUGUUGUCUAUAAAGUCAGGCAACAUUUUGUGAUCUCAUUGGCUCCUUACCAGACUGCAUUGGCUGCAUAUGGUAUAAGACCCAUUUUCUCAUGAUGUGGCCCAUAUAUUAUGGUCUUACUAACUACAUCAUGGCUUUGCUGGACUCAGGGUAGUGGACAUUAGAGAUCUUAAAGUUUUAAGUUACAAUCAACCGAUAUUGCAUUUUAUCAAUGGGCCGUGCUCUAUGGGAAAGGGGGUUUAAUGCAUGUGCGUAGUCGUCCCAGAUUAGCCUGCGCAGUCAGCACUUUCUGCCUAAGAAUGAUAACUGCUAAGAAGAGAUUUCUUAAAACAAAAAAAAUAUCAUUAAAGCGGAAAGUCUCUUAAAUGUUUUCAAUAUCCAUUUGGGAGUUUUUUGUAUGUUUUAUUUUACCAGUAGUGCUAUUUUCUUGCUAUAAUAAAGUGCUGUAUUUGUCAGCUAUUGGCUCUGUGCUAAUGCUUUACAGCUUUAUGAGUUCCUAGCACAUGGUGAGUUUGUGGUCAGUCUGUGUCUCGCAUCUUGAGUGGUGUGGCGUCAACAUUUAGCUUGUAAAUGCUCAAGAGGCCACAUUUUUCAUCCAAUGUUGAUCAAACUUGGUAAGAAUGUUUAUUAUCCCUAUAGAAAUAGACAUAGAAAUGGAUAUAGAAGAAGCGUUGUCCGUCAGUCUGUCACACAAUUUAUUUUUGGCAGGGGAUAUCAAACCAACAAAUUUGCUUGUUUUGACAAUAUCUAGGCUUAGUUAGAAUCUGGUUCAUUUGUGUCAUAAAUCAUUAAAUUUUAUAUCUGGUCAGCUAAAAUCAUUAAAAAACAUUGUUACUACUCUAGAAGCCACAUUUUUCAUCCACUUUGAUGUUACUCUGUAAGAAUAAUCUAGGCUGAGGUUGAAUCUGGGUCGCAUGCUUCCAAAAACUAGGUCGUGAGGCAGAUUCUUAUAAAAACUUUGGUAUCGCAAUAUAUAUAACAUUUGUCAUCCAUUAUCUUGAUGAAACUUGAUCAGAAUGUAUAUCUUGACAAUAUCAAGGCCAUGUUCCUAUCAGGGUUAUGCUUGUCCAAAAACUAGGUCACCAGGUCAAAUCGAAGAAAAACCUUUUAUCCUUUAUGGGCCACAUUUAUUACUCAAUUAUGAUGGAACUUGAUCAGAAUGUUUAUCCUGAUUAGAAUAUAGGACAAAUGCAACCAAAAACUAGGUCGCCGGGUCAGAUCUUGCAAAAACAUUGAAACCACUCUAGAUGCCACAUUUGUGACUUGGUGUUAAUGAAACUUGUUCAUAAAUAAAAUAUGACAGUAUAAAAGCCAUGUUUGGAUCUUGGUCAAUCUACGUAAAACACUAGGUCACAGUGUAAAACACUAGGUCACAGUGUAAAACACUAGGUCACAGUGUAAAACACUAGGUCACAGUGUAAAUCCUUCCACAUUUAUUACUUACAUAUUUGACUGUUUUAGUUUUCAUGCUCUUAUGCCACAACUUAAUUGUGUCACAUAACUUAAUAUUUUGAACUCAAAGCCAAAACUAAUUGAAUACACUGUUAUACUUGUGUAACAAAUAAGAAAUACACAAAUGUAUAUGUCUUUGAAUAUUUGUGCAAUGUAAAGGUACAGGUUACCAAUAUGCAGUGCUGUUGAAUUUGUAUAUCUACAGUUUUUCUUUUUGAAAAAUUUAUUUUUAUGCAUGAAAUUGUACAUGAUUUUCACUCUUCCCAUUUUCUCAUAUCUUCCUAAAAUUGUGAUAUCUUGAAAAGAUCUGCAUAUACCAAAGUUGGUCAGUAAGUUAAAUGAUAUUCAUUAGACUAUAUUGGAUAAUAAAAACAAAACUGACUGCAGUGGAUUGAGUUUUGCAUGAAAAAACUCUGUAAUUGUGAAUGUAUGACCUGUUUGGUAAAUAUCAGCAUUAAAAUAUAAAUAAUAUGAUACUACAGCUGUAGUUUCCUUGAAAUAUUAAACAUCUUUGUGUGUUAUUCUCACAUAACUUACCUUUUUAUUGAGGGCAAACUGACUUCAGCUAUCUCUUUAACUAAGAGGAAACACUUAUUAGAUGGAUUGUUUUGCAUUUAGCAUACUUACUGCUUAAUCAGCUUAUACUUUUGCAAGCGACACAGUUGCUUUAGAACAAUUUCGAUUGUUUAGACUUACUUUGUUAUUAAACUCCUUGCCUUUAAUGGUAUGCAUUUGUUACAAUGUGUACAAUUUUAUCAAAUGCCAGCAUAUGUUUUGGAUGAUUUGAUCUGUUAUGAAUUUAAGCAAUAUUGAAAUGUAUUAUUAAAGAAACCAAGUUGUGUAUGUAUGCCUUUGAGUAUGACACUAUUUUAUGUUAUUAUUGUGCACAAAUUAGCUACAUGUCAUGUUCAUUGUUGAUACCAUCUUACAACAGUUGUGUCCUACUACAUUGUUUCGUUAUGUACUAUAUGAUAUAUAAAUGAGCCUCAUUCUGGCAAAACGGGGAAUUGAUGCGUGUGCGUAGGGUCCCAGAUUAGCCUGUGCUGAUUUGGUAUGACAUUAACCCAUUUAUGCCUAGCAUCAUGAAAAAAGGACAUUGCAAACAGCGUAGACCCAGAUGAGGGUUUGCACUGUUUGCUUAAAGGAAUUUCUGUAAGAAUUAUUCUAAAUACAGAAAUAACUAUACUAGACAUCCCUAAUUUUGGAAAUACAUUGAUCCAAUUUAGAAGGAUGGGAGAGUCCACUGGGCAUAAAUGGGUUAACGGUACAUGCAUUAAUCCCAGUUUUAUCCAGAGGGAGAAUCAAAUGCAUUUCUUGGUACAUUGUAGUCUCUCACAUGUGCUAGAUAAGCAUCUUGUUAAAGUCUUCAAGUUUUUCUCGUGUUUUGUUGUGUGAUUUGUGAUUUAUAUUUUAUUUGCAAACAAAUUGUGUAUAAUUAUGAAAUUAUUUACAAAAUCUUAAAAAAGUACAAAAAUAUUAAAAUAUGAUGACUUGA